AUGAGCCUGGAUCGUGCCUUGGAUCUCCCAGAUGCUGCGCUGCAGGCCAGCCUUGAAUUACUAAGGUCGCACGCCACGGCCUCACCAACUGGCGGAGAUAACCAGAGUCCUCCUGAGGCCCAGGCAGAGUUGUCGCCCCAUGCAUACGGCGACAUUGGCGCCGUCGCAGGCCAACAAGGUCGCCCUGGCGUCGAUGUUCAGCAACAGCAGCCGCAGCCACAGCCCAAGGAAGAGGACUACAUUCAUCCCGAUCUUCGUGGACCUUCGUCUGCCAUAAUGCCCACGGCGAACCACCUAGCACCAGCGGCGCAUAUGAUUCCUAGCAGCAAUCUACCGUUACCGCCGCUGCCACAAGCUGACGUCGCUCCCGCACCGGUCGUCGAUCAACAGAUGCUGGCCCCUGCCCCUGCCCCUGUUGCCGUUGCUCCUCAACAAGCACCUCCUAUCCCCCAACCCCAGGAAGAAGCUGGAAGCCGCCGGGGUAAGAGAGAAUUGUCCCAAUCCAAGCGCGCCGCCCAGAACAGGGCAGCUCAGAGAGCUUUCCGUCGACGGAAGGAGGAGUACAUCAAGAAACUGGAGGAGCGCGUUGGCGAGGUUGCGCGAUAUGAGCAGGCCUACCGCUAUCUCUCGUCUCAGAAUGCCCUUUACCGGGAAUACGUGUCUAUGCUACAAGCAGAGCUCCUGGAAUCCCAAGCAAAAUUCCCGUCUCCCCCGCCAGGCCUCAACCUGAACCCCGAGCCAACGGCCGCCCCCGAACAGCAAGCCCAGCUCCAGCCGCAGACGACUGCUGCCGCGCCUGAGCCUCUCGCAGCCAUUGCCCAGGCAGUCAUGACACCCCCGGCUCCCAUGGGUGAUCGCCCGCAGCCGCAGCAGGAAGUCCCGAAUGACCAGAACGACCAGGAGGACAUCGACCGACAAGUAUCGAUGCAAGUGGACGGUCUCGCCUAG